CUACAAAUAAAUACCCCAAUAUUGCACAACAUUUUCACUCAUUCAUCUAUUGAAACAUGGCAUUUUUUCAAGACAAGUUACUCAUUUUAAGUUUCUCGAUUUUUUGUAUGAUGAUCGAGGUUUCUGCGCUUGGUGCAGUCUAUACACCUCCAAAUGUAGAGCGAUUAACCGAUCGUUUCAAUCGUGUACCGGUUAACGAAAGAUAUAAUGUUGCUUUUGGAGGAUCUAAUGUUCAUAUGACCAAUAAUGGGACCAAUGCUAAUUUAAGUUUGGACAAAAAAUCAGGAUCUGGAUUGAUGUCAAAGAACAAAUACCACUAUGGAUUCUUCAGUGCUGCAAUGAAAAUGCCUGCUGGUUUCACAUCAGGAGUUGUGGUAGCCUUCUAUUUGUCUAAUGCAGAUGUUUUGCCCCAUAACCAUGAUGAAAUUGAUAUUGAAUUGCUUGGCCACGAGAGGAGAAAAGAUUGGGUUCUGCAGACAAAUAUAUAUGGCAAUGGAAGUGUGAAAACUGGAAGGGAAGAGAAAUUCUACCUCUGGUUCGACCCAACGACAAGUUUUCACGAAUACAGUAUCCUCUGGAACAAUCAUCACAUAGUGUUUCUAGUAGACAAUGUACCAGUAAGAGAAGUAAUUCACAACACCGUCAUAUCUUCUGUUUAUCCAUCGAAACCAAUGUCAGCAUACACAACAAUUUGGGAUGGAUCAGAAUGGGCUACUAAAGGAGGAAAAUACCCCGUAGAUUAUAAAUACGCGCCUUUUGUCGCAUCUCUACAAAGUACAGAAGUCGAGGGCUGCAUUUUGAAUCAAAAAAGCAACGUAGCCUCUUCGUGCACUCGAAGCAGCCUUUCGAGUUUGGAUCCUGUUGAUGGAGAAGAAUUUGCAAAAUUAUCAAGCCAACAAAUAACAGGACUGCAGUGGACUAGAGGGAAGCACAUGUUUUAUUCAUACUGCAAAGAUACAGCCAGAUAUAAAGUUCUACCACCAGAAUGCAAUGCCAAAUAAAGGGAUUUAUAUAUUUUUCUAUAUAAUUUUUGUAACCUUUUUAAAGAGAAUGAAUGAUCAAUAAUGUGGAAAACUAAAUAGUGUAGAUCAAGAUUUUUUAAAAUGAAAGAGGAUGUAAAGAAUUCUUGGAGCUUAUACUCAUUAUAAAGGUGAUGAUUACAUUUGUAUAUUUCAUGUUUUCAGUAUGGAUGAUGACUUUUUUACCUUGAAUAAUAUAUUUGUUGG